AUGGCUCUUGAGAGGGGGCUCGGGGCCGAUUCUGACUGCUUGCGUUUGGGGGAAGAGCAAGCUUGUUGUUCGGAGGCUCCUGCGCUCAGCAGCGCGUGUUCUCGUGCCCCCGCUGUGACAGCACAGAGAGCAAGCGAAAGGCCCACAGCUUGGCUCGAGUCGUCAUCACAGCGGCGGGCGCGCGUGAUGCCCCCGCCGGCCGCGCCACCCCGAGUGCAGGUCAUCGCCGAGUGCUCCCCCGACGGCGCGCCGCCAGGGCGCACCAGGGCCCCCCGCCACGGCAGCCACGAGGCCAUCGCCGAGGGCCCCUCCGACUGCGCGCCGCUGGGGCGCGCAAGGGCCCCGCGCCCCCUCCGCCAUGGCAGCCAGGAGCGGCGGAUCAGCGACGAGGCGCGGGGAGGCCCGCCGCUGCCUGCGUGCCGAGGCAGCCACGAGCGGCGGAUCAGCGACGAGGCGCGGGGAGGCCCGCCGCUGCCCGCGUGCCGACAGGGCGCCCGCCAGGCGCCCGGCAGCGCGGAGAGCCACCCCCGCGGCAGCGGCGGCCACCGCGGGAGCGUCCUGGGCGGCGCCCGCCGCGCGGGCAGGCACGCCAGCCUGGAGCGGCCCCCGCAGCAGCCCGCGAGGCGCGCCUCUGCGCGCGGCAGCUUGCUGCGGGCGGAGCUGGCGCGAGGCGCCGCGGAGGCCGACGCCCGCGCAGCCGGCGCAGAGGGCGAGGUGGACCGCGAGGAGCUCGCAGAGGGCAUCGGCAUCCACAGGCCGAGCGAAGGGCCGCGGGCGCGCGAGGCGGAGCGGUCCGCGCCGGCCCCGGAGAUGGCAGCGGCGGCCCGGCUUCUGCGGUGCGGGCCCGUGUUUUCGGGCUUCAGCGAGAAGGCUCUGGCCGACGUGGCGGGGGCCAUGGAGGCGCGCACGUUCAGGGCCGGCGAGCCGAUCUACCGGGAGGGGGAGCGUCAGCACUGGCUGGGCGUCUUGGAGUCGGGAACGGCGAGCGUCCACGUCGCUCUCGGUGCCUCCGACCAGGCUAGCGCCGAGCAGCCGCUUGCCGUGCGCGCGGGGAGUCACAUCGCAGACAUUCCAGAAGGCGGCCUCUUCGGGGAACUGGCGGCGCUGGGCAUCCGGGAGCACCGCACCUCCACCGCCACUGCGGCUAGCGCCGAGUGCCGCGUCCUCGUGCUGCAGGCCGACGCGCUGGCCAGAGCUCUGCAGGCGCACCCCGACGAGGAGGUGCUGCUGACGCGGGCGGCGGACCGAUGGCGCGCCUUCCUCGACUGGAGGCUGGCGGCACAGUGCCACCCUGAGCUCGCCUACCAGCUGCGCCGCGGCGCAACCGCGCGCGUCCUGGAGCCCGGCGAGUGUCUUGCCCUUGGCGCAGGCGGCGCCGAGCCUGGCGCCCUCACCGGCGACGGGCCAAGCCUGAGCGGGAGCACGGCGGUGGUGGAGUGCGGGCGCGCCGCCUCCAUGGGCGAGCACGCGGAGGCCUACGGCCCCGGCGCCGCGAUCUGCGACGAGGCCGUGCUCGGCGUGAGGGGCGCGGCGACCGUCGUGGCUGGCGACAGGCCGUGCCACCUGGCCCUGGUCUCCCGUGGCGCGUUCUGGGCCCUCGCCGCCCGCUUCGCCCGCGAGCGGGAGGCCUUCGUGCGGCUCGCGCUGGACCGCCUGCCGCUCGUGACCUUCGACGUGCUCUCCUGCCGCAUGCUGGCGCACCUGCAGGGCUCCCCCGGCUUCUGGCGGGUGGUGCAGAGCUCCGUGCGGCAGCGCGUCGUGCACCCGGGGGCGGACGUCUGCGGCCCGGGGGAGGAGGGGCGGCGUGCUGACGUUCUUCCAGGAGGGGCUCGCGGAGGUUGUCAUCGGCGGGCGCCGGGUGCGGCGGCUCGGGGCGGGCGACUCGUUCAACGAGCUCGGCUUCCUGUGCGGGGUGGGCCGGCGCGGUGCGACGGUGCGGGCGCUGGAGCUGUGCGUGCUGCAGGAGCUGCGCCGCGCCGACAUCGAGUACCACCUGACCCGCCACCACGCCAUCCGCGCCUGCUUCCGGGAGCUGACGAGGCUGCGCCCCCACUUCAAGAGGGACCUGUCGAUCGCGGACCAGGUGAGGCUGCUUGA